AUGGUCGAUGACGAGCAGCGACCACUGGAUCGCUCUCCGUACUACGUCAAUCAUUCUGAACAUCUUGACCGUGUCCUAAAUAGGCCUCAAAUUGCAGCAUGUAUUGGGGGAGGAAUCUUCAUCACCUCCGGGGCAUUGAUCUCCACCACGGGCUCAUUAGGGGCAGCAAUCAGCUAUGUCAUCGCUGGUGGUAUCGUCGCUUGUGUUCUUUAUACUAUUACUGAGAUGGUGACAUGUCGGCCGCUAACGGGCGCCCUCAUUGAUCUGCCUCAUACCUUCCUCGAUCCCGCAUGCGGCUUCACUGUUGCAGCUUUAUAUGGUUUGGGCAAAAUAUGUGCCAUGGCUACUCUAACCGCGCAUGCGGCGAAGUUGACGUCUCUGUUGACGAAAAAUGAAAAAGCGCUACAUCCGAUUGGCGCUGAAGUGGCCAUCAACUUCGCCUUCAUUGUCUUGACGACGCUCACACACUGUCUAGGUGUUAGACUAUACGGCAAGAUCGAGAGAGUUAUCAUGUGGUUCAAGAUAGGCUUACUUGCCCUCGUCUGCGUACUAAUGAUAGUAAUAAAUCUCGGAGGUGGAGGCCCAAGACAAGGAGGGUACUCUACGAAUUACACAUCAAAUGCCUUUACCCCUGGAUGGAACCCGACUGGGUUUGAGAAGACCACCGCAGCCUCGCUCACACUUACGGGCAUUUCGGAUAAAGAAUUCGGGAUAAGCGGGCCCGGCGGGAUGUUUUUCGCCUUCGUUACCUCCGUCACGUUGGCCAUAUUCUCAUGUCUUGGUGCAGACCUGGUUGCAAUGACUGCAGGAGAAGCGAGGAACCCCUGGAAGGAUAUUCCCGUCACGAUGUCGUUCGUCUACCUCGUUCCACUAAGUCUCUACCCUUUCGCAAUGCUAGCGGGUGGAGCCAAUGUCAACUACGCAGAUCCUAGCUUGUCAAAGGUUUGGGCCAGAAGUCGUGGUGCAACGAAGUCACCUUUUGUGAUCGCGGCGGAGGAAUCCUCACUAGAUGCAUUACCAAAUGUCCUGAACGCGUUUUUCAUAGUUUCAGCUUACACCACAGCAAAUACUGACCUUUAUGCCGCUUCUCGUAGCGUAUUCAUGCUCUCGCAGCAGUACCUUCCGCAGAACAUAGCCAACGUCUUCGGUCGAACCAACAACGGGCACACACCACUCGCGGCAAUACUAUUCUGUUCGGCACUCGGAUUUAUAUCUCUCAUUGGGUUAGCCGACAAAACCGGUGCGCAGCCUCGCAUCACUCUCUCGGAACUAUACACGAGUUCUGCAACGUGCAUUUAUCUUUGCCUGUGCGUAACCUUCCUAAGGUUCAAAGCUGGGCUUGACCGGCUAGAAAAACGUAAGAUAUUCAGCCGCAACGACCCGCUCUACCUCUCGCGACUGUUCAAGUCCCGCUGGCAGCCCCUCCCCGCUUACAUCGGCAUUGUCGGAUGCACUUUUGUAAUCGUCUGGUCUGGAAUUCCUCCACUGACCAUCCUCAUUGCGAAGCGCAGUCUUGAGCCAACGGCAAAUCUCAAGCCAACGAUCAGCCUUGCCUUUGACGUCCUGGGUGCCUAUAUCGGGCCUUUCCUGUUUGCCUCGCUCUACCUGUCUUACAAGUACAUCCAUCCGCGUUCGUCCUGCGUGGAUCUCCGCAAUAUCACAGUCGAGGAUUACGUGUUAGAAGACUUAUCGACGAUCGAGUUUGAAGGCCCGUUGUCAACUUCACCGGUGCCUCACUAUCCUCUAGGGUCGCACGAGCUUGAAGCGCAGACUGACAUGAGUCCCACGGCGACAUCCGAGAGCCCGUUUAAAGAGGAGCAUAUGUACGCCAGCAUAGAGAUGAGUUCAGACAUGCAGGAGGAGAUCGAAGCCCAGGAUGCUAGGAGGAAGGAGACGGAGAGGAUAGCCCAGAUAUUGAGAAGGAGGCCGAAGAGGCUAGAACGCGGAGUUUGGAGAGAGAUUUGGAGCUUUGUUGUUACGGAUCAGGAUUGA